AUUUUCCAGACUGUACCGACGGCUGCCACUCCCAGAGACCGAUACAAGCGGCUGACAUACCACAAGCGGCUAAUUUAAGGGAAUAUUAGGCAUUUAUGAGGAAGAUGAGGCUCAGGAUGGAGGGUAGACUCACUUCGGGCUGCUGAGGCUCAGUUAUGAAUGAUGAACGAAGUGGAGAAUAUGUCCACCCAGCACCUCCUGUCUCUACAACCACACACUCAUGUCCCCAACGGUAACCUGUUGACCUCCACCGGUCAUGUGACAGGCUCCACUGGUACACUGGAGGGAGGUGGACAGGAGGGAGGGAGGGUCUUGGAGCAGAGUGAUGUGGACCCAUUGUUGCUGUGUCAAGUGAGUGGCAGCCAUUCUGUCAGUCAAAGAGGCUCUCAAGAACACCAUCUGUCAACUGAGGCAACACACCACUUAUCCACUGCAGCAACACACAUGCCUACCCAAACAACACACCACCUGCCCACUGAAUCAACACACCACUUACCCACUGAAGCAACACACCACGUGCCUACCGAGCCUACUCACCAUUUACCAACCGAGGCUACCCACCACCACCUUCCCCCGGAUGCAACACUCACCUAUGCCACCCUCGAUGCCCAGGGCAACAUUGUGUUGCAGCAUUUCAAGAGUGAAACUCAAAACCAGGCAACUCAGCAAGACAUAGCUGUGGACCCCAAGGAUGGGACCAGCUAUGAAGUUGAGGGUAUCCAUGGGUCACACAGAACUACCACAGGGGCACCACGACUGGUGGUGGUCGGGGAGGGUGGGCCAGAUGCCAUGACGUAUAUAUAUAUCCAAGGGGAGGGAGAGGCAGAGGCAGGACACAUGGAAUCAAGGGAUGCACAUACGAUUACGCUGAAUUCUGCGGAUGGUUCGACGCUGCAGACACUACCUGCUGCGUACACACAGCAUCUGGAACAUACUUAUGGUGAUCUGGUGCUAGUGGGCAGUGAUGGUGGCAGUGGCGGUGAGUUGGGUGAUAGGGCAGCCGUCAGUGCCACCAUAGGGGAAGUGACAGCAGGUGACAGUGGUGGUCAGCAAGAUGAACAAGUGUUGCUGCUCUCUGUGGCACCGCUUAAGUUAAAGGAGAAUGGUGGACGGGCGUCUUUAUCCCUGCCAACCUGUUCCUCAGAGGUCACAUCUACCAUCGUGGGUGACAUUGUGCCGGUUGGGAGAGGUCGUCGUGAGGGUGGCCGCCGGGAGGAAAAAUUCCCCGACGAUGAGAUGAGUACUAUAGAAGCAAGACUGGCUACGAGAGACUCCUUGUUACCACCCCGGCGCCAUCGUCGCUGUGGAGAUCCAGGUAAACUUACCUGUCCCAUCUGCCACACCCAGUUCAAGUCAGGGCGGCAGUACCAUGGCCACCUCCAUGUCCACAGGGGCCAAGGCAUAUGGCACUGCGAUAUAUGCGUUUACACCUGCGACUCUGCGGUGGAAUUGAGACUGCAUAAGGCGGAGUUACACCAAGAUGCUCGACCCUUCAAAUGCCCCACUUGUCAUCUCAGUUUUCCCAAGAAUUUGAUGCUGGAGGAUCACAUUCGUUCGGUGCAUAACAAGGAGCGCCCUUACACCUGCUCCUUUUGCACUAAGGGAUUCUACCGCCCUCACGACCUCAAGAUGCAUUUGAACCUUCACUUAGGGAUCAAAAGUAAUGUUUGCCACGUAUGUGGCCGCCAGUUCAGCCACCCGUCCAAUCUAAUUCGCCACCAUCGACUACAUACAGGUAUUAAGCCAUAUGUGUGUGCCACUUGUGGAAAGCGAUUUACACAGGUCACUCUGUUGCAUAAGCAUCGGACAAGUCACCAACCUGGAGCCGGGGUGUGUCCACUCUGUCCCUCUACUUUCCGAAGUGCAGCCGGCCUCAGGAAGCACUCAAAGUUAGAACACAAGAAGCCCAUGACGCUGCAGGAAGCUGCCCGCAUCAUCCGUGGACAACGGAGCACAACUGGGAGAAGCUACUACUGCAGUGUCUGUGGUGCUCAGUUUUCUGUGAAGUCAGAAUUGAAGACCCACGAUCAACAGGAGCACAGCAAGAGCACAAAGCACCCGUGUGCAUCCUGCAACAAGGUUUAUUCUGUGGCUGAGGUCAAGACCCACACCUGCCUCACCGCUGAGGAAGAGGAACAAAGAAACCGUGUAUGUAGUCCUCAACAUUCUACAUCUCCAGAAAGUAGAAUAACAGCUGUGACUUCUACCUCAACACUGCGCUCACCUUGCAACACCGCCAAGGGUCUGGAUGAUGCUGAGGAGGAGGAAGAAUACCUGGUCAUGUACAUUACUCCUGAAGGAGAAAGCGUCUCAUACGUUAUGAAAAAAGGCAGCAAAAUAUCUGAAGUGUUGCAGGUUAAUGCAACACAGCCUGACCAGCUUAACAAUGAUGGUUUCCCAAGACCAACUUUACCAGAGGAGACGAUUAUGAUUAAUGUGCAGGACCGACCUUCUCUGGCCCAACAAAAUGACAACCAGGCAACUGAAGAGGCUCCCCAGGUGGAUGAGGUCGUUCUCACACCCCAGGACAGAGUCACCACCACCACAGAUUUACCCAAUGAUGACAACCCAGAUUCCGUAUUACCAUUACACAGCAUCAAGUUGGAACCCCAAACCUCGGAGGACAUCCCCAAAGAUACUCCCAAAAUCCCCAACAAAUCCCUUGUGCCCGUGACCAGUUCGCGUGUUUCUCAAUCACCCAAAACCGAAAAACCAGCUAACCUGAGAGCCCUCUCUAUCAAAACAAAAGUCGAGGAACUCGAAAUUAAGGAGGAAAACUCUGAAUCAGUGACAGAUACCAAACCUCAACUAGUCUGCAACAACUGUGGCAAAGCCUUCCACAAGCAAUGGAAUUUCCAACAGCACAUUGCAACCCAUGAUGCCUCAUUGCACAGGUACAAGUGUGGCAUGUGCAGCCUGACCUUCGCCUACCGUUCCACACUGAACAAGCACAUGGACAAGCAUCGUCCCACCUCAGAAGUUCACCAGUGUAAAGAGUGUGAUAAGACGUACAAGUAUCAAGCAUCGCUGAAACAGCAUCACAAGAGAGACCACGUAAGACAUAGACCUUACGCAUGUAAUCUCUGCGGCAAAGACUUCUUCAGUAAGAGCGACUAUAAAUACCACAUGAGGGUUCAUAAGAAGGAACAGCCAUACAUGUGUUUUGCUUGUGGUCGCGAGUUCUCCCACAUCUCUCAUCUUCAUCGACACGAGAGAGUUCACACUGGAGAAAGACCUCACAAAUGUCCGCUGUGUCCUAAGAAGUUCAUCCAGUUGGUCACACUUAAGAUCCAUCUUAAAAAACACGAGAAAAAGGCCCCUGAAGAAUCAGACAUCAUUGGUAACAGUGGUAACUUCUCCGAGAACAAUGUUGGUAUUAACUUAGCCAUGGGAGGAAACAUGGUAAGCGACAGUAGUACCAUUGUUGGCCUGAGUCACAGUAUGUGCAACGAGGACGGGGCACAGUUAAGUGCUGGCACAAAUGCAGCAUCACUGGGCAUCCACACAGAUCAAAACUCUCUGGCUGUCACCACAAAUCCAGAUUCGCUGGUUGGCGAGGGUGACUCCGCCACUGCGGUGGAUAGAUCGGUGGUGGGAGAUCCAGCAUCCACACUCAUCAGUCCAGAACUGACAGAGGGACGGUUGCCACCAGGUACUAUAAUACUGGCUCAGGGAGAUUUAAACAACACUCAUGAUGGAGGGCAGUUUGUUACAGGCAUGGAUGGAGAAUGUAUUGCUAUCUUUGUCCAGGAGACCUUGGAAUGAAACUGGUUUUGAAGUCUAAAAUAUACAGUGGACCCCCGGUUAACGAACUUUUUUCAUUCCAGUAGUAUGUUCAGGUGCCAGUACUGACCGAAUUUUUUCCCAUAAGGAAUACAGUGGACCCCCGGUUAACGAUAUUAUUUCACUCCAGAAGUAUGUUCAGGUGCCAGUACUGACCGAAUUUUUUCCCAUAAGGAAUAUUGUGAAGUAGAUUAGUCCAUUUCAGACCCCCAAACAUACACGUACAAACGCACUUACAUAAAUACACUUACAUAAUUGGUCGCAUUCGGAGGUGAUCGUUAAGCGGGGGUCCACUGUAUUUAACAUUCCUUUCGCAGUAUUGUAUAUAUACUAUCAUUCACAUUCUAAAACACACACAAUGUAUAUAAUUUCCUGGUAGUAUAUCAGUAUAAUUUAUGGAAUAAUGUAUAUACUUCUGAAUAAGA